CUCAAUGAUAUAAACGCCCCCAUCGCUUCUUCCAUGACUCACUCAGCCUGCCCUCUUUCUUCCCCCCUUCCCUGAUCUCCCUCACAAUGUUCAGCAACUCACAAGUCCUGUCGUCUACUCUCAAAGUAAGGCGUUCGCAAGCAUACAAAUCCUUUUAUGCUACAAUCCGUAGUUUGCGUUCAUCGCCACCGCCAACAGAGAAUGAUGAAGGAUACCCAUCAGACAAUGAUUUUAUUCUUUCAAUCCUUCGAGCAAACCCGUCAUUGAGGGAUAGUCGCUCCUAUCUUGCGUCAUUUGACCCUCGACCUAUCACGAAGCCCGCCCUUGUACCCGCACACGAUAUAUCCAUACCCUCCACCGUUGCAUCUGAAUCUAAACCCACAGUUACGCAGAUACCGACACAAGAACAACUGCCUAAACCUAGCCCAAUCAUUGCUUCCAUACUUAAUCCAGUUAUCAGGCGCACGGCGCUCGUCAAAAUGCAAGGUCCCUUCACGGAUGUACAACUUGACAGCAUCGCUCGUGGAAUGGUAUAUCUAGAGAAAUUGGGCCUUGUCAGCGUGAUCGUCAUCGAAAACGACUUUAUUUCUCGGGGAGGCCAGGACGAACGCUCGGCCAUUGUCGAGGAAACCAUGCGCGUCGUUUCUGCCCUUGAGAAGCAGGGUGCUCGUGCGCGACCCGUGCUCGGUGCUGCGGUCAGACUUGGACCAAAGCCCGGGGAUGAGGAUACAGGUGCAACCUCUGACUUCUCUCCGCCGGAGGCUCACACUCUUCCGUCCGACCUUAUACCCAUUCGAUCAGCCCUGUGUGCUGGUGAGAUUCCAGUAAUUGCACCUCUUGCCCUUGAUUCCUUCUGUCGCUCUGUGUGUGUCAAUGCGAAUGAUGUACUUGGGGCACUCGCUAAAGGAAUGACCGAAACUGGAGCAGUAGGUCGUCGUCAAGACUCGCCCGGUGAAGUUGAUCUCACUCCCCUCCGUCUCAUGAUCAUCAACCGAGAAGGUGGUAUUCCCUCGUAUGCCAGAGCUGGCUACCCGCAUCUCCUCGUCAAUCUCAAUUCAGAGUAUUCUUACAUUCAUGAUACAUUCCACGAUGAAUGGCAGCAUACCCAUCCCACCUCCCUCUCAAACCUUGCAUUAGCCCGGACAUGUCUGGCCUACAUGCCGCCGACAUCUUCUGCGGUCAUGGUAUCUCAUCGCUCCCAAAGCUCCCUCAUUGGCAAUCUUAUCACCAAUAAACCCGCAGUCAGCUCAAGUUUGCCUCACGCGCUUCUGCAAGGCAACCGUAAGCUUACCCCUCAUACUCCCACUUUAUUACGUCGAGGCCUUCCGAUUCAUGUUGUGCAAACAACAUCGCAGAUCGAUAAGGCGAAAAUGACUGUUUUACUAGAGCAAUCUUUCGGUCGUAAAUUGGACGAGGCGGCAUUUUACAGACGCCUUGACACAGUGCUCGAUUUCACCAUUAUUGCAGGGGACUAUGUAGGCGCCGCGAUUGUGACCAGUGAACGUGAAUCCACCUCAUCGAAUCCGAUUUCUUACCUCGACAAGUUUGCAGUCUUGCCCAGCCAUCAAGGCGACGGAACUGUAGACUUUCUUUGGGUUGCUCUUCACGAUGAAUCGUAUGGCCUCGGACACCCAUCCUCUGCCAAUCCCAAUGGUGGUAAAGAAGGGAAAGGGGAAGGUCGUGAUCUGGUGUGGAGGAGUCGUGCCAACAACCCUGUCAACAAGUGGUACUUUGAACGAAGUUCUGGACACGUGCGAAUGGGAGACUGGGUGCUCUUUUGGUGUGACGCCGAGAAGCGUCUAAAAAUAGAGCAAGGCCGCCGAGGCCGAAGCGGUUUGUCAUGGAUCGGAGAAUGGGAAGAAGGUCGGUUGUCUUCGUGGACUGACGUCGUUAGUCGGAUACCGUCGAGUUGGAAAAAGUAA